AUGAAUCGACCACGCAUCGUCGGCCAUGGCCUGAGAAGGCUCGUACAGACCCCUCCGCGGGGAGCCAGGGGCAUCAUCACCGACGCAGACGUCGUCAAGGCGAGGCAGUAUUGUCAGUCGCAGCUUCACCACCACGAUGCCCAUUUAGUCUAUCGCCUCCUCUCUCCCCGGGCUCAGGAUGCGUAUCUCGCUCUGCGCGCCCUUAACCUCGAACUCGUCCGCCUCCCCGAAGUCGUCUCGAACCCGGUCAUAGGCCAGCUGCGCAUGCAGUUCUGGCGCGAGUCGAUCGACAAGACCUUCGCCGGCACGCCGCCCGCCGAGCCGAUCUGCGUCCUCCUCCACCAGGCCCUACAGGACCUCCGCGCGCGCUCCCGCAGCAGCACCGCGAGCUCGAUCCGCUUCUGGGCGCAGAGAGUCAUCAAGACGAGAGAGAAGCACAUGGACAACCGCCCGUUCGCCACGCUGGCCGCGCUUGAGGAGUACGCCGAGAACACGUACUCGACGCUCAUGUACGCCGUCCUCGCCGCGAUGCCGCUGCGCUCGAUGCAGGUCGACCACCUCGCGAGCCACAUCGGCAAGGCGUGCGGGAUCGUCGCGACGCUGAGGGGCAUCCCCGUGCUCGCAGCGCCACAGCAGACGCAGGUGCACACGCCAUCCGGGGCGGAGCCUUCGCGGCCGCGAGACCCGGUCCUGUUGCUGCCGCUGGAUGUCAUGUCGGAGGUGAACCUGCGCGAGGAGGACGUGUUCAGGUACGGACCCGAGGCGGAGGGGUUCCAGGAUGCGGUAUUCAAGGUCGCGACGAGGGCGAACGACCACCUUAUCACGGCGCGCGAGAUGCUGAAGAAUCUGCGGGCGGGCCAGGAUGCGGGGCACGACUUUGAGCACCAGGGCGAGGAGGAGCACGUGUACGAGGAAGAGCAGGAGGAUGACGUGCAGCGGGAUAUUCGCCGCGGAUUUGGCGUGCUGCUGGAGGCUAUUCCUGCUCAGGAGUACCUCACGAACCUCGAGGCGAGCAACUUCGACCCAUUCGCCGUCAAGGCGAGCUGGAAGCUGGCAUGGCGCCUUAUCGUCAAUGUCGACCACAAGAUGUUGUACGAACUCGUAGGAAUCGUCCGUCCGGGCAACCUCGCCGAGGUGAAAGAAAUCGCCCUCACCGCCGGCCAAAUCAUCCUCCGCAACGGCGGCGUCAUCCGUGGCAUGGCCAACUGGGGCGUCUUCCAGCUCCCCCGCCCCGUCUCCAAGGCACAGAUGAAGCACAAGUCGGGUCACUACUUCGUCAUGCGCUACGACGCAUCGUCCGCCACGCACUCCGACAUGCGCAACACCAUCAACCUCGAUCCCCGCGUCAUUCGUACCGCGCACGUCAAGCUCGGCGACGGCAAGCUCCAGACCGCCGCCCGCUUUGGUGAUGUCAAGUGGGAUGGACGCCAUUAA